UUCUUGACGCGCAAGCGCCGCCGGGUGGACUGUUAUUGUCACGUCGCGCGCAGUCAGUGGAACAAUUGUUGUGUGGGGGUAAAACGUCCAGCCGACAUGGGGAAGGUGGAAGGAGGCAUGAAGUGCGUGAAAUACAUUUUGUUCGUGUUCAACUUCCUGUUCUGGUUAAUGGGAUCGUUUGUUCUGGCAGUGGGACUAUGGCUGCGUUUUGACCCUGAAACCGUUUCUCUCCUUAAUGCUGAUAAGGCUCCUGACACCUUCUUUCUUGGUGUGUAUAUUCUGAUAGGUGCUGGCAGUCUUAUAAUGCUGGUCGGUUUCUUUGGCUGUUGUGGAGCUGUUAGGGAAUCUCAAUGUCUUUUGGGUUCAUUUUUUGCUUGUCUGCUGAUUAUUUUUGGAUCAGAAGUGGCUGCAGGAGUGUUUGCAUUCCUAAACAAAGAUAAGAUAAUUGAAAAUGUGCAGAAGUUCUACACAGAGGCCUACAAUGAGAACAAUAAUGGCACUUUGAUCAUCACUUACCAAAAAGUGCUGAAAUGUUGUGGAACCAAAGCCAGCCCAUGUCCCAUUUCGGAGUUUGAAAACAAGGACUGUGAGUCAGGAAUAGAAGACUUCUUCAACAAUAAACUCUACAUCAUUGGCUAUGUAGGCAUCUGCGUCGCUGGAGUCAUGAUCAUUGGGAUGAUUUUCAGCAUGGUUCUCUGCUGUGCCAUUCGUAAUAGCAGGGAAGUCAUUUAAGACCCCCGGCUCUAUCCAGCACCUAAAGGCUCCUCAGCGCUUCGGAUAAAAUGACCAUUCCAUAAACUUCUGCCCUUCCAUUUUUUUUGGCCUCUUCUUGUUUUCU